CGGCGGAGUCGGGUUUCAGAGCGCCGGCGACUGCGGGCGCGGGCGACUCAGGGCGCGGGCCCGGAUCCUGCCCGCCGCCGCCGAGCGCCGUCUUUGUUCCCUGCAGGAAGGGCGAGCGGGGCGGCCAGCGCUCAGCGCCCCUCGUUCUCCGCCGAGCUCGGUCACUCUGCCCGUCCGCCGCGCGCCUUCAGGGGCUCCGCAGACACGCGCGAUGGCGCCAAGGUGGGACCCGCUUGCCCGCGCCGCAGCCCCCUCCGACCAGACCGCCCGCCUCGCCGUGUCUCCCUCGGCCACUUAUUGCAGGAGGAACGGGCAGUGCUGGCGAGUGCUGUUGCUGCUCUCCAUCUCGGCGCUCCUCUCCGCUGUCACCCAGACACGCGCCUCGACAGAGUUGGCCUCCCAGAGCCAUCUGGACCUCACGGAGCUCAUUGGUGUCCCGCUGCCCUCAUCUGUGUCCUUUGUCACGGGCUACAGUGGCUUUCCCGCCUACAGCUUCGGGCCUGGCGCCAACGUGGGCCGCCCGGCCAGGACCCUCAUCCCGCCCACCUUCUUCAGGGACUUCGCGGUCAGCGUCACAGUGAAGCCCAGCAGCCCCAGCGGCGGAGUGCUCUUUGCCAUUACCGAUGCCUUCCAGAAGGUCAUCUACCUGGGCCUGCGGCUCUCCGGCGUGGAGGACGGACGCCAGAGGGUCAUCCUCUACUACACGGAGCCCGGCUCCCACGUGUCCCAGGAGGCUGCCGCCUUCUCCGUGCCCGUGAUGACCAACAGGUGGAGCCGCUUUGCUGUGAUCGUCCAGGGCGAGGAAGUGACCCUCCUGGUGGACUGCGAGGAGCACAGCCAAGUCCUUUUCCAGCGGUCCUCCCGGCCUUUGGCCUUCGAGCCCAGCGCUGGGAUCUUCGUGGGCAACGCAGGUGCCACUGGACUGGAAAGAUUCACGGGUUCCAUCCAGCAGCUCAUCAUCCACUCAGACCCCCGAACUCCGGAGGAGGUGUGCGAAGCCCAGGAAUCGUCGGCAUCAGGAGAGGGCAGCGGGCUUCAGGACCCGGACACAGUGGCCGAGAUCUUAGAGGCCGUCACUCACACUCAAGCCCCGCCUAAAGAAGCAAAAGUGGAUCCCAUAAAUAUACCUCCCACUUCACCCUCUCCCUACGAGGACACCGAGCUUUCUGGUGAACCCAUACCAGAGGAGACCCCAGAAAACACCUCCAGCGUUGUCCAGCACAGCAACCUAGAACCAGGGUCAGGUGAGAUCCUGAAUGACACCCUGGAGGGACUUCCUCCUGUGGAUGGUGACCCCAUUCCUGAGAUUGGCUCAGGGAGCGGGGCCUUCCCUGUCACUGAAGAAGAGGGGUUAGCAGCAACAGCAGCAGGAGAGGUUGAAGUGCCUGUCAGUACCACCCCAGAAGCGGAGCUCAGCAGUUCGCCCACUGGGAGAUCAGCCCUGCCUGUGUCCACCCAGGAUCCCGGGGAAGGGUUCACUUCUGGACUGGAUAAUGAAGGUUUAGCAAUGACAGCAACAGGGGAGACUGAGGUGCCCGUCAGCACUGCUGGGGAAACAGAGGCUGGCAGCAUGCCCACAGGGGAGCCGGCCCUCUCCACAUUCACCCAGGACUCUGGGGAAGACGCCACCCUGGUAAGGAGCAUGAAGUGUUGGGAUUGGUCCUCUCUGGGGUAUCAGCCCUCUGCUGGGGAACUUCCCAUCAUCCUGACCCACAGACACGAGCAGCCUUGCAGGGUCUGGCUGGCCACUCAACAUUUAACCACAGCCGCAGCUGCUUCAGAAGUGCCCCUUGUCACUUUCGAGGAAGAAGAAGCCAGUGGGGUCCCCACAGAUGGCCUGGCUACCCUUGCACCCACUGCGGCCCCUGGGCAAGUGGUCACUCCUGCACCUGGUGAUGACCACUGGGCAGCAACCUCCACGGAGGAGCCCCCUGCCACGGCUGGAGGCGAGGGACCCAGCAGUGCUCCCCCUGACGGGCCACCACUCCCUGUCCCCACCGCAGCUCCUGAGAGACAAGUCACUCCUCCGGCUGAACGGAUACAUGUGGGAGUGAAAGGACAGGCCGGGCCCAAAGGAGAGCAGGUGAGAGUGGAGGCUGAGGGCUCCGGCCUAGGCUGGGGCCUGGAUGGCGGUUCUGGCUCCGGGGACCUCGUGGGCAGUGAGGAGCUGUUAAGAGGUCCUCCAGGUCCCCCAGGUCCACCGGGCUUGCCGGGGAUUCCAGGAAAACCAGGAACUGAUGUUUUUAAUGGACCCCCUGGCUCCCCUGGAAAGGAUGGAGCUGCUGGUGAACCCGGGCCCCCCGGUCCUGAGGGACAGCCUGGACCUGAUGGAGCCUCUGGUGUUCCUGGGAUGAAAGGGGAGAAGGGUGCAAGAGGGCCUAACGGCUCCGUUGGUGAGAAGGGUGACCCCGGCAGCAGAGGCUUACCAGGACCACCUGGGAAAAAUGGACAAGUGGGCACCCCUGGAGUCAGGGGACCUCCAGGGCCUCCUGGCCCUCCUGGACCCCCAGGCCCUGGAUGUACAACAGAACUUGGAUUUGAGGAUACCGAAGGCUCAGGAAAUAUCAGGCUGUUGAGUGAACCCAGAAUCUCCGGGCCAACUGCUUCAAGUGGUCCCAAAGGGGAAAAAGGAGACCAGGGACCCAAGGGUGAAAGAGGGAUGGAUGGAGCCAGCACUGUGGGACCCCCUGGGCCCCGGGGACCACCUGGGCGCAUUGAGAUCCUGUCGAGUUCUUUGAUCAAUAUCACCCAUGGAUCCAUGAAUUUAUCGGACAUUCCUGAGCUCAUGGGGCCUCCGGGACCGGAUGGUUUGCCUGGGCUGCCCGGAUUUCCAGGCCCUAGAGGACCAAAGGGUGACACUGGUGUGCCUGGAUUUCCAGGACUCAAAGGAGAACAGGGUGAGAAGGGAGAGCCUGGCGCCAUCCUGACGGGGGAUAUUCCUCUGGAAAGGCUGAAGGGGAAAAAGGGUGAACCUGGAAUGCACGGGACCCCAGGACCCAUGGGGCCCAAAGGACCACCAGGACACAAAGGAGAAUUUGGCCUUCCAGGGCGACCGGGUCGCCCAGGACUGAACGGCCUCAAGGGAGCCAAGGGAGAUCGAGGGAUCAUGAUGCCGGGCCCUCCUGGUCUACCUGGUCCUCCAGGCCCCCCUGGACCACCCGGAGCUGUGGUUAACAUCAAAGGGGCCGUUUUCCCGGUACCUGCCCGACCACACUGCAAAACACCCGUUGGUACCACUCUUCCUGGGGAUUCGGAGCUCAUCACCUUCCAUGGUGUUAAAGGAGAGAAAGGAUCCUGGGGUCUUCCUGGCUCAAAAGGAGAAAAAGGCGACCAAGGAGCCCAAGGACCACCAGGUCCUCCAGUGGAUCCAGUGUACCUGAGACAUUUUCUGAAUAGCUUGAAGGGGGAGAAUGGAGACAGGGGGUUCAAAGGAGAAAAAGGAGACUCUCAUGACAACUUCUUUGUGCCUGGGCCUCCGGGACUGCCAGGAAAUCCAGGCCUGGUUGGACAGAAAGGAGAGACUGUCGUCGGGCCCCAAGGACCCCCAGGAAUUCCUGGACUGCCUGGGCCACCUGGCUUUGGAAGACCUGGUGCUCCUGGGCCACCGGGACCCCCUGGGCCCCCAGGACCUCCAGCAAUCCUGGGUGCAGCUGUGGCCCUUCCAGGUCCGCCUGGCCCUCCAGGACAGCCAGGGCUUCCAGGAUCCAGAAACUUGGUCACUGCGUUCAGCAACAUGAAUGACAUGCUGCAGAAAGCACAUUUGGUCAUAGAAGGGACAUUCAUCUAUCUGAGGGACAGUGCCGAGUUUUUCAUUCGUGUCCGAGAUGGUUGGAAAAAAUUACAGCUGGGAGAACUGAUCCCCAUUCCUGCCGACAGCCCUCCACCCCCAGCACUUUCCAGCAAUCCAUAUCAGCUCCAGCCUCCACUGAACCCUAUUUUAAGUGCCAAUUAUGAGAAUCCUGCUCUGCAUUUGGUUGCUCUGAACAUGCCAUUUUCUGGGGACAUUCGGGCUGAUUUUCAGUGCUUCCAGCAGGCCAGAGCUGCAGGACUGUUGUCCACCUUCCGAGCGUUCUUAUCUUCCCACUUGCAAGAUCUCUCCACGGUUGUAAGGAAAGCAGAGAGAUACAGCCUUCCCAUAGUGAACCUCAAGGGCCAAGUACUUUUUAAUAACUGGGACUCAAUUUUUUCUGGCCAAGGAGGUCAGUUCAAUGCACAUGUUCCAAUAUACUCCUUUGACGGUCGGGACGUGAUGACUGAUCCUUCUUGGCCCCAGAAGGUCGUUUGGCACGGCUCCAACACCCAUGGCGUCCGUCUUGUGGAUAAAUACUGUGAAGCAUGGCGAACUGCGGACAUGGCAGUCACAGGAUUCGCCUCCCCACUGAGCACUGGGAAGAUUCUGGACCAGCAAGCAUAUAGCUGUGCUAAUAGGCUCAUCGUUCUGUGUAUCGAAAACAGUUUCAUGACAGACGCUAGGAAGUAGUGACCUUUACAGUGAUUCUUAAAAUGAGUUUUCCAGUUUUUCUUAUGUGAAGAGUUGACACUGAAAUCAGAAAUGUUUAAAUGCUGUAAAUAUUACAAGUUUUUUUUUUUUUUAAAUUACACAUUCGUUCACAACAGCAACCAAAGAAAACGUACCUCAAUACACUCAAAAUGGAAGACAGAAAGGACUCUGAUCAAAGACAAAAAUCUGAUCCAUAUAUUGGUGCUAGAUUCUGCAGUGACCUCCAUGCAGUGUAAAUACAAUCCCAACAAAGGUUAAGAGCAGGGUGAAAGCCAGAGGCUGGGGCAUUUGCCCACUGCAACCUUCAGGAAAUCAUGUCCUCUUUUAACCAUGGUUGUUGAGUGUAAGAUGUCCUUCAUGUUUUCCUACAAAGUUAGUAGUGUUUAGAAAUGUUACCCCUUUCUAAGUUAUAUGCAAACCGAAUGCUUUAUUAUUUCAUUUACAUCCAUCAUUUGCAACUGCUGUUCAUACAAAGAAACAGAACUGGCUCAAAUGCUCCUGUUGUAUUUUCUUAUAGUAUCAAAUUUUAAUGGAUUUUUCCCUAUAAUAUUAUUGCCAUCGUGCUGUAGGAAUUUUAUAUUUUUACCCAAUCACAUUUUAGUAUGGCAUCUGUUUAUAUAACUCUGACUUGCUGGAAAAGUUGAAGCUCUAAAUUAUCUGAAACUAGAAAAGAAAUAGCACAUAAUUACUACCUUUCCCUUGGUGUCCUUCCUCCCCGUCCCCCACCACUGGUUUUACGACUUCCGUUUGGUAGUUCUUGAAUUAUAACUGCAACUGAAACAAACAGGUUCACAGAGAUGAAUUUUCUGAGAAACGUACAUCUUCGUGCUGUAUUCUUUGACUUUUUUUUUCCAUGUAAGUGAACAUAAAAACAUCUUUUCCAGGCA